AUGAGAAGAGGUGGAAGUGAUAAAAGGUUUUUAAGACGAACUUUUAAUAGAUCCUACUAUUAUAAGAAAAGUGGGAAAGUAGAAGAAUGGAAUAGUAAUACCAGUAAAAAAAUAAAAAAUUAUAGUAAUAAUAUUAAUAAUAAAGCGGAAGGAGAUGAAAUAGAUUUUGAUGAAGAUGAAGUAGAAGAAGAUGGAGAGCAAAUAAAUGCAACUGAAAUAAAUGAAUAUCCUUCUGAUAGUAUUAAAAAUACAAAAAGAAAUGACACAUCAAGCAGUAAUAAUAAAAUAACAAAAAAAAAAAAUGUUCCAAACGAAAAAGACACACAAGCAAGUACAGUAGAAAAUAAUAAUAAUGUAAUAUGUCCUUUAUGUGUUGAACUACUUGAUGAAACGGAUCGAAAUUUUUUCCCAUGUGAUUGUGGCUAUCAAAUAUGUUUAUGGUGUUUGUAUUAUAUACGAGAUCAUAUGAGUAAUAAAUGCCCUGCAUGUAGAAGAAGUUAUGACGAAAAAAAUUUUAUAUAUAACAGAGAAACUCAUGAAAAAUUAAUAAAAAAAACUAAAAACCAACAUAAAAAUAAAGGAGAAAAUAAUACUAAUACUGCUAAUAAUAGUAACAACAAUAAUAAUAACAAUAAUGGAACUGGAAUAUCAAGCUCAUCAAUAUUCGCUAAAAGUGAUCUAUAUAAAAAUUCAAAUAUUUAUAACAUACAUGAAUAUGAUAACUUAUUAGAAGUAAUUAAAGAUAUAAGAGUAGUUCAAAGAAAUUUAGUUUUUGUUAUUGGAAUUACAGAAAAUUAUGCAAAAAAAAAUAUAUUAAAAAAAAAUGAACAUUUUGGAAAAUAUGGACAAAUAUUAAAUAUAAUUAUAAAUAAAUCACAAGCAUUUAAUCCACAAUAUAAUGGCCCAUCAUUUAGUGCAUAUAUAACAUAUAGUAAUGAAAAGGAAGCUAUUAAUGCUAUUUAUUUUAUAGAUGGUAUGAUGUUAGAUAAUAAAAUAUUAAAAGCCUCAUUUGGGACAACAAAAUAUUGUUCUUCUUUUUUAAAAAAUUAUUCAUGUGUAAAUGAAGAUUGUUUUUAUUUGCAUGAACUUGGUAAUGUAAUCGAUAGUUUUUCUAAAGAAGAUAUACAUGGGCCUAAACAUAUAUAUCAUGAUUUAUUAUAUCAUUAUUUUAAAAAAUCACCAGAUAGUAAUAAAAAGGGUGAUAAUGUUGGUGUUGUAAAUUUAUUGAGUAAUACAACAAAAAUUGGAAAAUUGCCUGAACAGCAAGAAGAAAAUAAAAAUAUUAAUGCACCGUUACAAAAUUUGGCUAGCUCGACACCUAUUAAUUACAUCACUGCUGUAAAUACAGAUAUAAUAGGAAAAAAUGAUACAGCUAUUGAGGUAACAAAGAAUAAUAAGUUAAUUACAUCUUAUACUGAAAAUACAAUAUCCCCUGAAUUAAAAGCUAAAAAUUUAGAAAGCUCCAAAGAAUUAAUUAAUAAAAAUAAUGAAGAUUUAAAAAAUAAUUUGAAAUUAAAACAAACAAAUGAAAAUAACAAUGUUGAAGAAAAACAGCGAACAAAAUGGAACUCAGAGGGAAAAUUUUCAAAUGUUAUUAAAAAUAUGAAGGAUAAUUUUACACAAAAUAUUGAAGAAGAUAAAAUACCUGAUUCUAUAUUAAAAAUUAAUAAAAAAAAUAAAAAAAUAAAAAGUGAAGAUGUCUUGACUGUAUAUUUACAAAAAGGUGAUCAGAAAAACAACACCAUUGAAAUUUACAAUGAUGAUGAUGAUAGUAAAGUGGGGGGACAAUGGAAAGAAAAAAAUUAUUUAAGUUCUCUUCAAAGUACUUCAAAUUUUGGAGAUAAUAAUAAAAAUGAAGUUGGCAUUAAAAGUGCUCAGAAAAAUAUUAGCGAAGACGAUCCGUAUUAUCUUGAUGAUAUAUCAGAAAAUUAUCCUCUUAUAAUGGAUGCCGCAAAAGAAAAAAAAAAAAAAAAAAAAAAAAAAAAAACAGAUAAAAAAAAAAACACUGAAAAGGAACAAACAAAUCAGGAAGAAGUUUCGAUUAAAAAACUAGAGCAAGAAAUAGAUGCAAAUGAAAGCGAAUCUAAGAAAAAUAAAAAAAAAGGCACAAGUACUACAGCCGAAGUUGGUACCAAUGCAGAUGAUAAUAAAAUUAUAUUUAGCUCUAUUCCUAAUACAAUUCCAAAUGAAGCUAUAGAUAAUCAAAAUUGUGAAUCUCCAAAAAAAACGACGGAAAUAAAAAAGGAUGAUGAAAAUAUUGAAGGAAAUGAAAAGGAACAAGAAGAAAAAAAAAAAAGUACAAAAAGUUCCUUCAAAAUAGGAAAUUUAUUUAAUGUUUUUUUUGACAAAAAUAAAAAAGAUGUAUCCAAAAAAAAGAACGACAAAAAAAGUACCACAACAAUUGAAAACCGAGAUAAAAAAACUUCUAUAAAUACUGAAAUAAAUAAAAAAACAUCUCUUAUUGAAUUAAAUGAAAGUGAUAUUCAGAGUCAUAAAAAAAUGGAGGAACAAACUUUAAAAGAUGAUGUAAAAAAAGAUAAAAAUAUUAAUGAAAUAGAUAAAGUAACAAAGGAAAUUGAAAAUAUGGACGGACAAAUUGGAAAACAAGGUAAAAAAAAAGAUACACAAAAAGAAGUAAAUGAAAGUAAAGAAGAUUUGUCAAAAAAAACGAAACAAAAUAAAGAUAAUACCGAAAUUAUAGAAGAAAUAGCAAUCGAACUAGGUAAUCAAAAAAAUAAAGAUUUAUUCGAAAAAAGGGAAGAUGAAUUAUAUGGGGAAAAAGAUGAUGAUACUUUUUAUAAUCAGGACAGUAAAAAUGAUAAAGAUAAAAAAAAAAAAAAUGUAAAUAAUAGAAAGAACAAAGAUAAUAAUAUAGGUGAACAAAUAAUGCAUAUUGAAGAAAUUAUAAAAAUAAUAAAAAAAAACCCCAAAAUGGAAUAUAAACAAAUAGUUGUAGAAUAUUUUAAAAAUAUAUAUAAAGGUAAGGGGGGAAAUGAAAAGAACCAAAAUAUCAAUAUGGGUAAAUUUUGCAACAUUAUUAAUUAUUAUAUUACUGAAAAUAAAUUACCUGAUAUAUUAAAAGAAAUCGACGAAGAUAUAAAUCAUAAAAGUGAUAAUGACAAUUUGGUCGGCAGUGCAAAUGCAAGCAGCAAUGAUUAUGUUAGUGUAUAUCCUGAAAAUGUGAACAGAAAUAAUUGUGUUACGAUUUUACAAUCUAAUAUAGAAUCGCAUAAUAAUGUAGAUAAAGAAAAUGUAAACAAAAAUGAAGAUGAAAAAAAAGAGAAAAAAAAAGAAAUGGAAAGUGAUAAAGUGAUAAAAAAAAAAAAAACAAGUAAAAAAAACAUUUUUCAAAAAGAAAUAGAAGAUGAAAUUAUUGAUAUUAUAAAAGAUAUAAUGAUCCAUAGAUUACAAAUGAAAAAUAAAAAUAGUACCAUGAACAAUAAUAAUAAAAAUAAAAAAAAAAAUAAAAAUAAAAUAAAAAAUGAUGAAAAAGGUAUGAUUGAUCAAAUGAAUUUGUUCAAUGAAUUUUAUGAAGAUAAUGCACUUUUUAAUGAUCUCAAAAUUUUUGUAAAAGAUUUAUGUAUUGCCAAAAAUAAAACUAUGCAAAAUAAUGAUAUGGGAGAUGACAUCAUUUAUUUAAUACAAGGCGAAGAAAAAUGGAAAAACAAAACAAAAGAAAAAGGAUACAACGAUUAUUUAUUAUAUGCAAAUGAUGAUGACUUUUUUUUGAAACCUUACAAAGGAAUAAUGGAAUAUAUUUUUAAAAAACAAACAAAAACAGGGAGUAAUAAUAAUUAUCCAAAUAUUCCGGAAGAAAUUGCACAUACAAAUAAUAAUGAAUACACUGCAGAUGAUCUGUUUAAUAUAUAUAAAGAAUUAAUUCUUUCGAAAAACACAAAUUUGCGCACAGCUAACGAUAUAAUAUUUGAUAAAAUGUUUAAUGAAGAAAUUAAUUUAGUACAACAAUUAUGCAAAGGGGAUUAUUAUAGCCAAAAUGUAGAAGAUAAAAUAGCUAGCUCUAAUAAAAAAGGAAAUAAUAGUCAUAUAUACAAACUAAAUAAUUAUGAAAAACAACCGAAAAACUUGUCCUUAAAUUAUGCCCCUAAUUUAUGGGUGAAUUAUAAUAAAUCGUUUUAUACUAAUGAAAUGAGCGAAAAGGUUAAUUUAAGUGCAUAA